AUGGCUGCGGACAGUGAGACGAAAGCUCAAGAGGCUCAGAGCAAUGGAGUAGAACAGCACGAGGCUCAGGAUGGCCAGCAGGUUGAGCAAGAGCAGGAGCAACCAGUCGAGAAUGUCUUCCAGCUCACCAUCCACCUACCUCAUGCUCCUGGACAAUGCCAAAUCAUGGUCAGCCACCUCGAGCAAGUCCAAGACAUUCGCCAAUCCAUCAUCGACCUCCCCUUCACCUUCCAGUACACGUGCUUCCACCUCGAGCACAAGGGCAAGCGCAUCAACGACUUUGUCGAGCUCUCCGAAGUGCCCGACAUUCAGCAAGAUCCCGAGCUCCACCUCGUCGAGGACCCUUACACCGAGACACAGGCCCGCAUGCACUUUGUGCGCAUCCGCGAAUUGAUUGGUGCAUCUGGUGACCGUACCGACCUGUUGCACGGUAUUGACGCUGGUCUUUCGCUACACGACCACAUCAUCAAGCCCACUCCUGCCGAUCAGCCCGAAGCUCCUGCUAGCGAGCAUGCCAUGGUCGACUACGACCUUGACGCCCGCGGUUCCGUAAAGACUCUUCUUUCGCCCUCGCCUGCCAACGCUCCCAAGACAGUCAAGUCUCUGUCCUUGUCUGCAUGGAACCCCGCUCCUUACCACCUGCGCCAAAAGGGUCACCUCAUGUAUCUCCUUGUUUCCACCCUCGAGGGCGAGCAGUUCCACAUCACUUCGCACGUCUCCGGUUUCUUCGUCAACAAGUCGACAAACAACAAGUUCGAUCCCUUCCCUCGUACCGCUCCCAAGCCUCAUUCUGCACACUCGCUCCUCACUCUGUUUGGACAAAUCUCGCCUUCUUUCAACGAUGCUUUCCGUAGCCUGCAAGAGUACAAUGGCCAGCGUGACCCUCUGGCCGCUUUCCAGCUCGCCAAUGCUGUUCCCGCUAGCCCAUGGGUUGUUUCGCCCAACUCGGCCUCUUUGACAAGUCAUGUUGCCGAUGCUGCUCGUACUCAGGAGAGUUACCUCCUUGCUGGUCCCGAAAAUGCAGAGACUCUUCGCGACUGGAACGAAGAAUUCCAAUCGACCCGCGAGCUUCCCAAGGAGAAUGUCCAAGAUCGCGUUUUCAGAGAGAGACUGACCGCAAAACUCUUCGCCGAGUACAACGAGGCUGCCGUUAGAGGCGCUGUUCUUGUUGCUCGUGGAGAGGUUGCUCCUCUCAACCCUACCGAGCCUCGCGACGCCCAGAUCUUUGUCUACAACAAUGUCUUCUACUCUUUUGGCGCCGACGGCGUCGGCACUUUUGCCGCUGAUGGUGGUGACGAGGCUGCCCGUGUUGCCACCGGUAAAGAUAUCAUGGGUGUCAAGGCUACUAACCAGCUCGACAUUUCUGGCAUUUUCACUCCUGGAACCGUUGUUGUCGACUACCUUGGCAAGCGUCUCGUCGGUCAAAGUAUUGUACCGGGCAUCUUUAAGCAGAGAGAGCCUGGUGAGCAUCAAAUCGACUACGGUGGUGUUGAGGGUAGAGACGUUAUCGCCGAGAAUGACGACUUCAAGCAGCCAUUCGCUGAACUCAGCAAGGCUUUGCGUGUAAAGAGCCACCCUGUCUGGGACAAGGAGAACAAGAGACACGAUCUUGAGGCUAGUGUUGAGACCAAGGGCCUGCUUGGUACUGACGGCAGAAAGUACAUUCUCGACUUGUACCGCAUUACUCCUCUGGAUGUUGCUUGGCUCGAAAAGUACCGUAAGGAGAACUCUGGUGAUGAUGACAACUACCCUCACAGAAUGGCUGUCCUCCGCCCUGAAUUGGUCGAAUCAUACUGGAGACUGAAGCUUCGCGGGUAUGUUCAGGCCGAGGUCCAAAAGCGCCGUGAGGCCAAGGAGGCUGCUCCCGAGAGCGAAACUGAAGGCGCCGAGAAGAAGGAACCCGAACAAGAACGUGUCGAUGUUUCCGGAUUUUCGUUCAGCCUCAAUCCCGAUGUCUUCUGCGGCCAGCGUCCUCAGACUGAGGAAGAGAAGGAUGAAUGGUCCAAGGAUGAAGCAGAGGUUCGCGCAGCGUGCAAGUACCUCUCGGAAGAGAUCAUCCCCAAGAUGAUUUCGGACUUGCAAGAUGGUGACGUUGGCUUCCCCAUGGAUGGUCAGUCGCUCACCAAUCUGCUUCACAAGCGUGGUAUCAACAUGAGAUAUCUUGGAGAGGUCGCUCGUCUUGCCGACAAGCCCGAACAACCUCGUCUGCAGGCACUCAAGCAGCUCGCAAUCCAGGAAAUGAUUGCUAGAGCAUUCAAGCACGUUUCCAGCAAAUACCUCAGAUACCAGUCACCACCAUUUGUCCAGGCUUGCAUUGCUCACUUGUUGAACUGCUUGUUGGGCGCCGACCUCACCGCCAAGCCUACAGCAGAGACUGACGCUUCCCUCAAGUCCCUGUACCCAGAGGAGGACUUCUCGUUCGAAGCUGCCACACCUGAGUCUAUCAAGGCUGGCAUUGUUAGCGAAAUCAAGAAGCGUUACAGAUUUGACCUUGGCGAUGCUUGGGUGCAAGCUGGUAAGCAGGUUCAGUUGCUCCGCGAGGUUUGUCUCAAGCAAGGUCUCCAGCUUCAGGCCAAGCAAUAUGCCUUCACCAAGGAUGAUGCCCCCGCCCCAGCUCCCACCCAGGCUCCUGCACCCACCACCAAUGGAAGCUCUGGUGGAAAGAAGAAGAAGAACAAGAACAACACUGAGCGUUCGCCAGCACCUGUUUCUGCCCUCACUGCUCCCACCCAGACCUUCCACCCCGACGAUGUUCUCAACAUUGUCCCCAUCAUCAAGGAUGCAGCACCACGCAGUGUCUUGGCCGAGGAGGCUCUUGAGGCCGGUCGUAUCUCGCUCUCGCAGGACCAAAAGGAGCUUGGCCAAGAGCUGCUCCUCGAGUCUCUCUCCUUGCACGAGCAAAUCUACGGCAUCUUGCACCCCGAGGUUGCACGUGUCUACUACGCCUUGUCCACCAUCUACUAUGGUCUCGACGAGAAGACUGCCGCUGUCGAGCUUGCUCGCAAGGCCGCCAUCAUUUCCGAACGUACCCUUGGUCUUGACCACUCCGAGACUGUUCUCAGCUACCUCAACUUGAGUUUGUUCGAGCACGCAAGCGGCAACACCAAAAAUGCCCUUGCCUACAUUCGUCAUGCUCUUGACCUGUGGAAGGUUGUCUAUGGCACCAAGCACCCCGACUCCAUCACCACUAUCAACAAUGCUGCCGUUAUGUUGCAAAGCAUGAAGCAGUACCACGAGUCUCGCCUCUGGUUCGAGUCUUCCCUUGCCAUGUCGGAGGAGGUUUCUGGCAAGACAUCUGUCAGCACCGCUACCUUGCUCUUCCAGCUCGCUCAGGCAUUCGCUCUUGAUCGUGACUACAAGAGUGCCGUCAACCGCAUGCGCGAGGCUUUCAACAUCUUCAAGAAUGAGCUUGGUCCCGAUGACCGUAACACCAAGGAGGCAGAAACAUGGCUUGAGCAGCUUACCCAGAGUGCUGUUUCGCUGGCAAAGCACGCCAAAGUACUCCAGGACAAGAAGAUUAUGCUAAGACCCAAGGCCCCCAUGGUCGGUAGAGGUGCUAGACCUCAACCCUCGAUUGGCCAGAGCAUUGAAGAGGCUGCUGCUCCCAGAGCUGCGGAUGGUACCAAUGACAACAGAAGUGUCGAUGAGCUCCUGAAGUAUAUCAACGGCGACGGCAGCAAGACUACACCAAAGAAGAAGCAGACUAACCCCAAGAGAAGACAGGGAAGAUCGUAG